UGAUAAUCUGAUAUAUAUACAGAUAGAAUGAGUGUCACCGUCACAUUCAAGUCACAGAACGCCCAAAGAUGAACGGACUCCUCCUCCUCCUCGCUGCAACCGUAGCGGUUGCCAUGGCAGCCCCAGCCAGGCUCGCCAGCCCCGAACUCGAUGAGUUCUGGACCAACUUUAAAAUCCAGCACAAGAAACAGUACGAAGAAAGUGAAGAAACUGUCAGGCGAGUGAUCUGGGAGAACAAUCUGAAGUACAUCCAGACCCACAACCUGGAGGCGGACUCUGGCAUGCACACCUACUGGUUAGGCGUCAACCAGUACGCUGAUUGGACAAGUGAGGAAUUUGUUGGCUUCAUGAACGGUUACGUCAUGAGGAACAGGUCAAGCUCAGAAGAGAGGCGACCCAUCUUCAUGAAGCCAAGUCACGUGACUGACCUCCCGGCCAAGGUUGACUGGAGGGAUGACGGAUACGUCACAGAGAUCAAGAAUCAGGGACAAUGCGGCUCAUGCUGGUCUUUCUCUGCCACCGGCUCAAUGGAAGGACAGAACUUUAAGAAAACAAAGACCCUCGUCUCCCUCUCAGAACAGAACCUCAUGGACUGCUCAAAGAAAGAAGGAAACAAAGGCUGCCAGGGAGGUCUUAUGGACAAUGCCUUUCAAUACGUCAUCAAGAACAAUGGUAUUGAUACCGAGGCAUCUUAUCCCUACACAGCUAAGAAUGGCAGGAAAUGCAAAUACUCAUCUGACAACCUGGGAGCCACCAUCUCUAGCUUCACUGACAUCACAGAAGGUAGCGAGUCUGACCUGCAGUCCGCUGUGGCCACCAUUGGCCCCAUCUCUGUGGCUAUUGAUGCCUCACACUCAAGUUUCCAGCUCUACAAGACUGGAGUCUACAAUGAGAGGAGGUGCAGCUCCACCCGUCUGGAUCACGGUGUCCUAGCGGUCGGUUAUGGAACCUAUGAGGGCAAAGACUACUGGCUCGUCAAGAACAGUUGGGGCAAGUCCUGGGGUAUGGACGGAUACGUCAUGAUGUCAAGAAAUGUCAGGAACCAAUGCGGUAUUGCCACGUCAGCUAGCUAUCCCGUCGUCUAGAAAACAAGCUUGCUUAUUUUGUUCUGUCUUGGACAAUUGAAGAAUCAUUAUGACUUUGGCCAACUAAAAUAACAUCUUAUAAGAUCAGGCGAAGUGUGUAUAUUUCAUUUGUAAAUUUGUAAUUCUGGAUAUUAUACGUACUUAACGUCACAAGCUUUACUCUACACAUGUCUAGGGGAAGUAUGUGUACACAAAAUCAGUGGAUUGUACAUCAGGCUAGAGCAUUGUAAGUGCUCUUAAUAUUUUUCUAUUCAACACGUUCAAUACAUCUGGCAACGUGUAUGGUGCAAAAAGUGUAUUUAUAGACUUCACUCAAAGGCUAUAC